UGGCCGGAUUGUAAAAACUAAAAAUGGCGUCGCUUUAGUAGACGUACAGCUUGAACUGUGAAGAUGUUGAGAACAUUAUUUAGAUAUAGUUUUUGAACUCUUAAAAGUGAUUAUUUAAUUUUAUUGUACUAUUUGAAGUGUGUUAAUAAGUUAGUAGAACAAUUCGAUAAUCUGUCAAUGAAACUUGUGUAACAAACAGCCUGAAAUGUCUGAAGACGUAAAAAGUAGUGUGGAAUGCAGUAGCCCUGUGGCCGCGGCAGCAAGUAACCCGCAGCAGCAUAAUCCACCAUCGCCGGCCAUGCCCAGACCAGUCACUCCUCCCGAAAAGUUGACGCGCUCCAAGCUAUCCGAUGAACAGCUGGAAUCGAUAGCACUCGACGAGCUGGCGCGUCUGUGGAGGAGCCAAGACUUGUACAUCGACUCCCUCGAAGCACAAAAUUCCAGCAACGAAGCGCAUUUGGGGCGAAAGGCAAUGGAAUAUCGAUGGCGAUCAUGGAUGAUGAUGAUGAUAGCACAGUCGGGAUGAGACUUGCUGACGUCACUACUUCAUUUUCAGCUAGCUCUCUGCAGAUGCACAGCUAUGCUCCUAAGCGCAACUGCCAACUUCCUUCUCAUCGUGUGUUUUCAGUGAUAUUAGUGCUUUGUGAUGUUUUUCUGCUCCUCUCCUUGUGAUUUACUAGUUCAGUGCUCACAUCACUCUAAUAUUUUUAUUUCUAAGCUAGUGUCAAGGAAAGGUUUAAUCCCAUAUGCACAUCUCAUUGCAUUGCAUUGCAUUGCAUUCCAGCUUUACACUCGAAGCUUGGUGAUAGCUUGCAAAUUGAGACUUUCAAUUCAUUUCUAUCUUUCAACAGAAUUUAUAUACUCUCCUCUCAAUCAUCUUCACUCUAUGGAGUAUUAUUGACAUAGUUGUAUUUUUGUCUCAUUGCUCUCACCGACUGCAGCAGAGAUGUUCACAUGGGAUUUACAUUUAGAAUAGUAGAUGAGCACGUGCGAUUGAAUGGUUGAUAUUCAUUCCACAAAGAUUUACGAAAACAUGUUUUGAAAAAGGUCCCUUGUGAUCAUAAUAUUAUAUCCAGCAGUUUUGUCUUUAUCAUUUCGCUCAAUCGUGCGUGCAAAUUAAAAGUGUAUGAAAAGGUAAACAAUGUUGGAAAUCUGAUUCGCUUUUAAAGCAGAUAAACAUUUCCGAUUUAGCUUUUCAUACACCAUUAAACUUAAUUGAAAUGCUCAACUAUCUUUAUUAUUGUAAAUUUUAUCAUGAGAAAAUUGUGAAUUAUAAAUGUGCGUGCACAAAGUUGUACAGUGCUGUGUUGUGGAGUCUUGAAGAUUAAAGAAUAUCGCGUUGGUCUGAAAAUAUUAUGGUGGAUGAAUCAGUGCAGCAAGUGUGUGUAGUUAAUUAGUGGUAAAGAAGGAAGAUGAUAUGGAGCUCUGGAGCGAGCGCCAUUCUUCUCUUAGAAUAAAGCUCUCUGUCCUCGUCUCGUCUUGCCCUCCCCUCGCCAGCAGCCGGCAGGCGGUAACGCUCGCUAUAAGCGACCAUGCCUCGAGACGAAACUGAGAUAAGUGCUCUAAGGGAAACCGAAGAGAAAUUGAAACAACAGCAUACAGAUUUGAUCAUUAGAGAGAAAGUGCUUGUGAGGCGACUGGCUGCCAAAGAACAAGAAAUACAGGAAUACGCUGGUCAGCUGUCUGAGCUGAAGGCGGCGCAGUCGCCGUCUGCGGCGGCUCUGAGGCAGGCGCUGCUCGACCCGGCUGUCAACCUGCUGCUGCAGCGGCUGCGUCACGAGCUCACCACCACGCGCACCCGUCUCGACGAGACGCACAACGAGCUCAGCGCGUGGAAGUUCACGCCCGACAGUAAUACUGGAAAAAGGCUGAUGGCCAAGUGCAGACUGCUCUACCAGGAGAAUGAGGAGCUUGGCAGGAUGAUCUCCAGUGGACGGUUAGCCAAACUCGAAGGUGACCUUGCGCUGCAGAAGAGCUUCAGCGAGGAAGUUAAAAAAUCACAAUCAGAAAUGGACGAAUUCUUACAAGACCUUGACGAAGACGUGGAGGGUAUGCAGAGCACAAUCUACUACUUGCAGCAAGAGCUGAGGAAAGCAAAGGACGCUGUUGUCAAUUUGGAGCAGGAAAACUCUGCGCUAAGGACAAGAAAUAGUGUCGAUAGCAGUGAGAAAGGUGCUCGGUCGGAGGAACAGUGCAACAACAAUGAGUCGUUGUGUCGUGUCAAAUGCGAAGUGGAGGAAGGCAGGACCAACGGCGUAGCAGAGCCAGCUCACAACUCACCACCUAAUAUUCACAGCAACAACGAUAAUCAGGACACUGACGGCGAUAACGAUAAUCAGGACACUGACGGUGAUAACGAUAAUGAAUCGCACGACAAUACAGGUAACUGUCGAACUGAAGGCAACGGCUUUGCCCAACAGUUGAAUAGCAAUGUUAUUGUUAAUUCUAGAAAACGGACUAGCAGUGAGGAUAGUGAUGAUGUUCCUCUUAGUAAGAAAAUUAAAACAGAACCGCUGGUGCAUUACGACGAUGAUGACGUUGUGAAUGGUGACGGAUCUGAAUCUGAGAACAAUACUUGACUUCCUUAGACAACUUUCACAUCAUGAACUUUUGAAUUGAAUGUGAUCUUACGUCCAACUUAUGUUUUAAUGUAGAUAAGCUCUGUCUAUUUAGUGAUGUUUUAUCCCUUUGAUAUUAAUUUGAUAUAUAUUAUGUUUAAUCGCUUCAGUUAUAAAAUUGAAUAGAUACUAGGCCUCUUGAGAGGCCAGAACCUCUAACUUUUAGAAAUGAAUCAUUCAAACAUUUUCUGUUACAAUUUUUCAACCAUUACAAAAAAAUUAUUAAGUGGAACUCGAGAAGCAAGAAUUCUCGUAUUUGCCUCCAGUUUUUAAGGGGUCACUGAAUGUAUGCUUCUUCUUCGCUGAAGUGAUGAAAGUACAUCGAAGUAGAUAUGUUUUAUUCAGAUAACUUAUAUUAGUGGUUUAUUUUCAGUUUUAUGCUGAAACGUUCCAUGACUUUCCUUUGAUUCAGGAAUUAAAAACCAAGAAUUUCUAUGUACGCUGUUAGACUAGUCAAUCUAAUAAAUUUUUUUGUUGUCAUCUGGAAUGAAAUAAUUUUGCUUUUCUUGAUGCAACAUCUUCAAUGGACUUGAAAAUUUGGCUUGGUUGUCAUUCAACUGAUAUCUGUUUCUUUGUUUUAAUUUGAUUUAAUCAAUUCCUACUCAAUUAUUGGUUUAAGUGUUGCCCUUCUUCUCUUUGUUUCUUAUCAUAGAUUAUAGUGUACAUCGAAAGGAAUUACUUUUAACAAAUUGAUUAAUUUUGUAGAUUUUCUGUUUCUAAUUACUCUAAAACUUAUUAUUUCAUAACAUCAAUGUUGAAACGUUUCAAUUUUUACCCAAUGUCAGUUUUAUAAUAAUUAAGUUCAAUUUCCAAGUUGUAGGAUAAAUUGUGAUGGAAUAAAGCAUUGUUUUGCAAAACAUGACAUUCUAAUAACGCUAUUGUAAAAACGAUAAUAUACUCUUUAUAUUAGUCCUUGAAAACAAGAAUACAUUAGUGAAAUUGAGGUAUUUAUAGGUAAUGAUUACCUAUUAUUCAGCAAAAAAAAAAAAAAUAAGUUCUGUAACUUUGAGUGCUGGAAAUUCUAUUUAUUUUUUAAUACUAUUAUUUUUCAAACUGAAAGUAAUUAAACUGAUAAAAAUCUACAAAUACAAUCUAUUUGUAUUGACUUCAUUUAUACUAUCUACUACGUGACUUGUGAUUUAGUAAUUUCACUCUUCUAUAAUUACGUUCUUAUCAAUAUUCUACUUGAAAUUUUGAAAAAACAUACUUUCUCCAGCAACUUCACAAAUCAUAUAAAUUAAAAGUAGUCUACGAGUAUAACGCCAGUGAUUCGUCAUACCUGAAUACUCACGCUGAAAUAUUAAGCUUUUUGGAGAGUACAUCUUUCGGUAAAAUAAUACAGUGUUGUAUUGAAAAUCCAAGAAUCAGUUGAUAUAUUGCAUAAUCACUGUUUUUAGAAUAUGUAUAUGUAUUGAUAAUUUAAUUAUCAAGUGACGCUACCAGUUGUUUAAAUAACUCGUAACAAUAAAUAAUCGUAAUAUCUCUCGUUUUGAUAAAACUAAGUAGGAAAAAUGAGAAAUACAAAUAAUGAAUUGAUUCAACUAGUGACUAUUGACUCAUUUGUUAACAACUUAGAAACAAAUGAAUGUCGAGAGAAAAGUUCUUAUUUUGUAGAAAAGCAACCAAAGUAUUUAACUAUAAAUAUUUAAAUUUUGGCUCUUCUUUAGUUGAAGCCGGGUAGUAUUUCCAUGUGAUAACACUCGAGAUUUAUUUUCUUGUGUGCAAGCCAUUUUUUUAUGACUUUCAUGACUUAUUAGUUUAUUACCCCUAGAAGGAUUAGAUUCUAUUAUUCACUUAUUGCCACCGCAGUGACUAUUUCUUCGAUUAGAUAAUAAUUUCUUCAUGUAUUGUAAUGCAUUUCUUAUCUUCAAGAGAUGCAGUUGACAUUAACUUUCAUUGAAAAAUCACUCAAUUGAUUCUGCGGUUUCACCUUGAACUUUAUUCUUGUCUACAAUAAAAUCAUUAUUCAUUUCCCUCCAGUGUCUUAAUUAAUGAAUAUAUUUAUUUUAAUCUAUUAUACACUUUCUAAUAAUCUCGCAUGUGUUAUUCACUCUCAAGACUAUAUAAAUGUAGGCUAUCGUAUUUCAAUUAUUUGUUCGUCUUCAGAAUUGAGUAAAUCACUAAAUUUUUCUUGCUCACUCAGGUAUGAAAUAUUCAUAUUCUUUGGUUACAUAGGCCAAAUAAUUUAUUGACUUUUCGAUUUUUUGUUGGCCUAUGAGUGCACAUGCAUUUGAAUAUAUUGAGUGAUGAAAUGUGAUAAUAUAUACUCAUAGAUGUCAUCUUGCUAUUGUUACAAUUUCACUGUGUCGAAUAUAAAAUUUAUAUUUUUACUUGACUAAGAAAAGAAGCAGUAAUUGAGAUUCUAAUUUAAUUUAUCUAGGUGGCAAUUUCAAUUUCAUUUAUCUGUUAACAAUAUCAGAAGCAGACUCUGAAUUUAAUUGUGAUUAUCAAUCAAACUGUAAAACAUCACUGAAUUGAAGAAGAAACUAAUUGUAUAUUUGAAUGAUUAAUAAACUUGUAAUUUAUGAAAAAUA